AUGUUAACAUAUUUGUAUUCUGUGUCACUUCUAAAUGUGGAACCACAAUAUACUGGUGCAAGAAUAGAAGACACCGUUGUUACUUUGGACUUCGUAAAGAAAAUGAUGGAUAAUUUCAAGAAUCAGAAGUGCUUACACAAACGGUACCAGCUAAAGCUCAGUAAUGAUCUUGAUGCGCGAGAAGUCAAUUCCGCUACAAAUUCAGGGAAUGAAGUAGCUGUUGAUGUUGAAGCGGCUAGCAAGGUAGUACUCCCUCUUUACAGCCAUUUAGACUCCGGCACUGAAGCAACAACUUCAAACUUUUUGAGGAAUAAUUUGCUUUGA